AUGCGGAAACAAAAGAAACCAAAUAAGCUAUCACUCAUGAGUCAUAAACCAACUGCUUUGCACAAACAACCUCAGGAGAAUUAUAUUGAAUUAAUAUUAAAAGAUAUUUUUGCAAUUUUUAACGUUAACCAUAGAGAUUCACGUGGAAAGGCCCCUUUACACAAAUAUGCAGAAACGAACGACCUAUUUAUGGGAACACUUUUCUUAAAAAGAGGAGGGGAUGUUAAUAUCAAAACACAAGGGAAUAAUCCAGGAAAAACUCCUUUACAUAUAAGCGUUGCAAACGCUCAGGAAGACUUUGUUGAGCUUCUCGUGAAAAUGAAAGCAAAUGUCAAUGAACAGGAUGAUAUUGAUCAGAAAACACCUUUACAUGUUUGUGCUGAAAAUGGAAACAAAGACAUAUUUGAUAUUUUGUUGGCUGCAGGCGCAGAUAUUGAAGUUGGUCGUGAACCUUGGGUUUGGACGGAUAAAGUUAUACUUUCUCCUGACCAAUCAAAUAGAGAAGGUAAGAUAGUUGAUAGCCUGCUCGAUGCAGGUGCUGAUAUAAAUCUGGCUGACAAGGAAGGUAGGACAGCUUUACAUUUUGCUGUUGAUCAAGAUUAUGUGAAAAUCGUCAAGCUGCUUUUAGAUAGAGGCGCGGAUAUUAAUAGAAAAGACGUUAAGGGAUGUACACCGUUACACUACGGCGCACAAAAAGGGAAAAAUGAUAUGAUAGUUUUUUUACUUGAAGCUGGAGCUUCAGAAAACAUCAGAGACAACGAAGGCAAAACACCUUUACAUUAUGCUGUCCAAUUCAUGAAUAAUGAAACAGUUCAAAAACUGGUAACGUAUAAAGAUAUUCUUGACACAACAGACGUAAAUGGACAAACAGCUUUACACUACAGCGUUCAGAUACACAGAAAUAGCGUCUUGACAGAAACUUUGCUGAAAGCAAAUGCUUCAGCAAAUAUUAAAGACAAAGAAGGUAGAACGGCUUUACAUUAUGCGGCAAUGUUUAGAUUUAAAAAAACAGUGCAAACACUGCUGAAAUAUACAGAUGAUCUUGACAUGGGAGACAACUUCAACCAAACAGCUUUACACUACAGCUCCAAGAGGGGUGACCCGGAAAUCAUGAAGAUGUUACUGGAAGCCGGAGCUGGUGUUGACGUCAAGGACGAAUACGGUAAAACCCCACUGCACUACAUACCUAGUCGUUACGCUUCUGAAGUCGUUGAAGUGCUCGUCCAACAUGGCGCUAACCUUGACAUUGUUGACUAUUUCGGUCGGACAGCACUGGAUGUGGCUACUCAAGAAGAUCACUGUGGUGCCGUUAGAGUUUUAAAACUAUACGGCGUUAAGUCUUCAAAAGAAAACCAAGAGAAAAUAAACACUGUGUUGGACUGUUCAAUAUUUCCAGAGUUAAAAUCAACUAUUGAACAUACCGUUACACCAUUUGCAAGUGGUAAUACAACCCAAAGCACUGAUACUGCACUUCCUAUGGAUACAACACCAAUAGCAUCUACCACUGCACCCGAAGCAAGUUAUGAUACUACCCCAAGUACUGAAAUUGCACAAUCUAUGGAUACUUCACCAACAGCUUGUUUCAUUACACCAGUUGCAAGUAUUGAAGCUACAUUAAAUAAUGUUAAGAGUGUUAAUUCCACGACAACUACUGAUACUUCAAUAUCUUCGUAUAGAACACCAACAAUUUGUACAACGACAGCUCCAGUUGCUAGUUCUAAAACCACACAGCUAAUCUCCAUCUCCACAACUACAUCAACAACCCCUACACAAUGUAAGAAAUCUCGUAAGUCAACAAAUAAAAUGUAUAAAAGCCUUCAAACACAAAACUUAAAACAAACACAUCAAAAACACACCUUAAAACAAACAAAACUUGACAAGUUUGAAAAGAAUCGUCAGACAUUACCUGAAAAACAUGAGAAGAUGUUGGAUGACUCGAACUGUGGUCAAACUGAUUUAAUCGGACUUAGUCGAAAAAAGAUUUGAUGAUCGAACAAGAAACGACCAGCAUCGAAAGCACCACCAAAAACAGAAGGAAAAAGAAC